GGAAGGGUCCUAGAACUCACUGAGAUUUGUUUGCUCCCCUGCACUCUGUCAUCUCCUGAUCUCCAGCAUGGCAUGUCUGUGGUUCCCUGAAGGCUCCUGGACACUGAUACUUAUGGUACUGAGCCCUCCUCUCACUUGGGCCAGGAACACCCAAUCACAUUUCAUGGUGCAGGCUAAGUCCGAGUGUCAUUUCUCCAACGGGAUGGAGCGAGUGCGACUCCUGGACAGAUACUUCUAUAACGGGGAGGAGAACGUGCGCUUCGACAGCGACGUCGGGGAGUUCCGGGCAAUGACAGAGCUGGGGCGGCUGGAUGCUGAGCACUGGAACCGGCAGAAGGAUGACCUGGAGCGGAAGCGGGCCGAGGUGGACACGUUCUGCAGACACAACUAUGGGAUUUUCGAUAGCUUCAUGGUGCAGCGACGAGUUGAGCGGGGUGGAUGGGCUGCCGGGGGGCGGGGGCAGUUGUGUGUGUGAGAGAGACGGACAAACAGACACAGAGUCAGAGACAGAGAGAGACUCAGUCCAGGUGAGUGUGUAGGAUUGUGAGUGAGCACAAGUUACAAGGGUUCCUGUGAGAGCCUGUUGUGGAGACAGUGUGUGGUUUUUGUCAGUGUGUGAUUGUGGAGGGAGAGAAUGUGUGUGUGAGGGUUGUACUGUGAGCUGAGGUGGGACAGAGAGAAUGUGGGUUGGGGGCGGGCCUGUGGUGGGCAGAGUCGGGGUAGGUGUGGGGUGGGGGAUGCAGGAAGGAGAGCUUCACGUGGCCUUGGGGGCUGCUGUAGGGGAGAAGAGAAUGGGAAGAGGGAGGCAGCACAGGGGGCUGGAGAGGAGGGAAUCAUUGAUUGGGGUGGGUGGUUACACGCUGAGAGGGAGAUUUAAGGUGCUGUCUGUGGUUGGGGUGAGGAUUCAGGGGAGAAGAGAUGAGGAAUGUGACAGGUUUGGGAGAACGUGAGAAGGCUAGUCCCAGACUGCUCUUGGCACACACCCUUCCUAAUCCUGAAACCCCUGGAACAGGUGUGCCUGUGUUGAUGUCCAUAAGCACUGCAUGGAGAAAGACAGUUGCCAGAGAGACUAAUAUGGAGGGAGGGAGUAGGGAGGAACCUCCCAGGCACCUCUGACCUUUCUGAGGCUUCCUUUCGGUCUCAAUUUCCUGCUACUUUUUUUGUUUUCUUAGUGUAUAUAUUGCUACAUAGUUGAAACAAUUGUGAAACUAGCUUUUUAAAUAAUACCAAUGCAAAGAAUCAAUAACCGAGCUCUAGAUUAGAAAGACAAGAAAGAUGAGAUUUAUUUGAGCUGAGGACUAGCCCAGAAGCACCGUAUCCACCAGGGAAGAAAGCACUCUGGAGAAGUGUGGUUUACAGCAGGUUACAUACCACUUCAGAACAAAGAACACACAUCAAGCAGACAGGAAUACAAUUUUUUUUCAAAGUCACAAGGAGUUGUUUGCUGCAGUUUAGCAUGUACACAGCAGAUCAACUUGACCUUGGUUUUCUGGAAGAAAUCUUAUCCUCAAAGAAGUACUGGUAUUGGCAUCAGAGGAAGGGAGACAUUCAUACCUCAUUUUAAAGAGUGCACUCUUUGCUUUGGGAAAAUGUGUGAAGCAGAUGUACAAUGCAUGUUUUGCGGGCCAUAAGUCAGGCUGCUCUGGGAAAAACAAGUUUAAGGCCGAAUCAGGUUUAAACCAGAAUGGCUUCCCCAUAAAUCUCAAUAUGUGAAAACUUAUUAUUCUUAUUAUUUUUGUCAAUAAUUUUGUUACUUAAAAUUAACAUACUGAUGUGACUACUUUAUAAUGCUAAUAGUGUUGAAACAGUUACAUCUUAUUCAUUUGCAAGGUUGUAACACAAUUUACCUCACAUCCCCCUUUGUUAGUUUUUUUUCAAUACUGCCACUCACUUGGAAAUUCAUCUUUUUUUAUUUUUAAUUUAUGUUCUUUCAUUUCUAAGAUCCUUCUAUUUUUUCACAUAUUUAUUUGAUAGUUGUAAUUACUGCUCUAAGCAUUAUCCAUUCCUGUCAUCUCUGGGGUCCUAGUGUUCUCAGUGAUUUUAUGGGUUCUCUAUGCAGUAAGAUUAUUAUCACUUUGCUGAUAUUUGAUUCAGCAUUUUCUCCAUUUUGUGGUUUAUAUUUGGUUAUGUUUAUCAUUUUCCAUGUUAAGAAUUUAAACAUUUUACCUAAUGAAAUAUACUGCAAAAUUGUUGCUAAUGGUAUACCAUCAAUCUUAAAUUUACCCUUUUGUGGUAUCAUAAGAGUUGCCCCCCAGGUUUCUCCUUUCUUGAAGAUAAUUGUAUUUGUUGAGGGACUGGUAGUGUCAAAGAUUGUCUCAGACAUUAAGCACAUGUAUUCAUGAGUCCCAGAUCUACUCUCACCUCAAAUGUCAGUUUCGAAGGAGAAAGAAUUGUAAAAUUAUGUCAAUUCCAAUAAUAGAUGUGCACUUAUUUUGCAAAGAAGAGAGAUGGAUCAGCUGAGUGUAAAUAUAAGAAAUUUUUAAGUGAAUGACUUUCCUUGCUCUUCUUCCUCUCCUUCAAGACUCAUGCUUUUCUUGGAAUUCAACUCAUAGAUUCAGAGAAUCACCUCUGUCUGUUCCUGCUUGGUCCCAGGGUAGAACCAUUUCUGACGCUGUUUUAAGGUGUGAGCGCAUUGAGAUGCCUUUCACGAUUUCAUUCCCUAUCUCCAUCUAUCCCACCACUGUUCCCCAAUUUAUCCUUACUACUUUGAAUCAUAUUUUCUUUCAUAGUAAACAAAGAGAAUAAAUAGCUAACAUAUAUUCCAGGUUGAGUUCCAGCCAUUGUUUUACUUAUUUCAAGUUCUUUGAUCCUCAUAUAACCGUAAGUUAGUAUUAUGUUUUUAGUAUUAUCUCACCUCUUUACAGGUGAGAGAGCUGAGGCAUAGAGGAAUUUAAAAAUUCUCCCAAGAUCAACCACUAAGAAGAAGAGCCUGGAUUUGAACCCAGGCAGCCUAGUUCCAGAAAUCAUGCUUUUAAUUAAUACGUAUGCUUUUAAUUAAUCUAUAUCCUGCAAAGGUUCGUAAAUACUUCAGUUAAACAAUGAAUAAUUGUUUCGAGAUAUGAAAAAAAUCCCGCAAUUUUCCUCAACAGCUCACAAAUCCAGUGGGCCCACGCUGUAAGGAUUAAAUUCAAGACUCAUGACUCUGGUUCCUGUUCAGCCACAUGGCAGCUUUGAGGGAGGCUUGG